AUGCCUUCCAAGACUGCCCUCUUUUUCGCCGCCACUCUGGCCCUGGCCACCUCAGCCGUCGCCGAGGCUGACCGUCCGCGCAUCUAUUAUCCCCAGCGUGCCAAGAAGGAUGAUGCUGCUCAGUUCGACAUCGAUGGCGACACCGACGACGACAACCUGGAGGUGAAGCGCGACUUCUUCAGCUCCAUCAUGAGCGACCUUGGCGUCAAGAAUGGCGGCGGCAACGACUUCAGUGACAUUACCAACCUCUUCAAAACCAAGAGCCAGGACACUCCCACCACCACUGUCAUCGUUGACCAGACCGUCGUUGUGCCUGGUGGCACUGGUGUUGCCAACCCUAACCCGGAGCCACAGCCUACCACCUCAUCCACUCGAAGCGUACGCCCCCGGCCCUCGACCACCCGCUCCGGCAUCCUUGUUGGACCUAGCGGCGUCAUCUUCCCGUCCUCCUCGUCCGCGUCGAGUGCGAGCAGAAGCACGACCCCCGCCGAAUCUCAGUCUUCCACCACUCCCGAGUCGUCCUCCGUUCCUGAGUCUUCCACCGCCGCCCAGUCUGCCACUGCUCCCCAGUCUACCACUACACCGCAGGAGACUGCCACCCCGACAUCGCACCAGACCGCGGCCAGCACGACUCCUGCUACCACUCCUGCUACCACUCCUGCUACCACUCCUGCUACCACUCCUGCUACGACUGCUACCUCGAGCUCCGGCGGUGGCCUGCUGGAUCCCAUCAGCUCCAUUAUUGGUGGUAUUCUCCCUCCGGCUUCAUCUAGCAACAGCACCACACUUGAGCCCGAGACUACCCCUGUGAGCUCUUCUCCUGCCACUUCCUCCACACCCGUCGGUUCUUCGAUCGUGGCCACUACCGAUUCGACGGCCCCCGUUCCGUCGGCUACGCCCGGGUCCUCAACCGAGGCUGCCAACAGCACUGCGCCAGAGACUAGCAUCCAGACAACCGAGACGCCGACCAGCACCGGCACCGGCCUCCUCCCUAUCCUGACCUCGAUUGUCAGCUCGAUCCUGCCGGGUCCCACCUCUGAGUCUACUACCACCAAUGUUACCUCCACGGAGGGUACCCAGACCCCCACGGAAGGUACCCAGACCCCCACGAGCUUGCUACCUACGAGCUUGCUACCGACCAGCCUGCUACCGACCAGCCUGGUUCCCAUUUCUACGACCGAGACUACUACUACCGCUACCCCUACCUCAGGCAGCCCUACUGAGACGAGCGGUCAAAGCUCUACGGAGACUAGCACUCAAACUACAGGCUUCCCGACCCUUACGCCGCCAACGCUGACGCCGACUCUUCUCCCCGGUGGCAACUCUACCACCACUGGCGGACAGACGAGCAUUCAGACUCCGACGCUGACUCCCACCGACUCUGUCAACAGCACGGAGACCGCGACGACGGCAACCCUCACGUCAACCACCCUGCCCACCUCUACUGAUAUUGGUAUCAUCACCUCGUCCCUGUCCAGCAACGGUACUGAGCCUGCCACCACCACUUCGAUUGUGCCUACCAGCACCGCCGUCGAGACCACCGUCGCCGAGACCACAACGACCACGACCUUCACCUCGACCGCUACCCCGACCGGUGUCACAAGCAUCGCUCCCACUGGCACUGGCUCUGGUACUAGCGACUGGCUGCCUACCACGAUGAUUGUCGAGCCUACCAGCUUCAGCUUCACUGCGCCGACCACGACCCAGACUGCCGCCACUACCACGGCGCUGCCCUCGGAUAUCCCCAAGGUCAUUAUUCCCGCGGAGGGCGACAAGCCUGCUCCCAAGGACACGGUCCCUAUCCAGAUUGGCUUCAAGUUCCCUCUAAACUACGACUUUGUUUCCGGCAACACGGCUGCUGCCGCUCAGAUCUUCCGCCUGCUUCCCAAGGCUCUUGCUGAUGCUAACGGCAUUGACGUGGACAAGGUCCAGAUCUCGAAGCUUGUUCCCUUUGACACUCGCGAAACUGCUGGAUACAUUACCACGCUCGCCAAGCUCCACUACCCCGAGACUCUGGUCAACUCGCUCAAGUCUAGCAUCUGGGCCCCCAACUCGAAGCUGUACAACAACCCCUCGGAGCUUGUCAACAACCUGACGGCGCUUAUCAACCCCACGAUUGAUGUUCUCGGUGACAACGACGAUGAGGGUGUCAAGAAUGGCGGCGGCGGCUCCAACAACAGCAACGAUGCCUUUGGCUCCGGCGGUGACCAGACUGGCCAACAGUCUGGCAAGCAGCGUGCUACCACGGCCGGUAUUGUCAUGGGGGCUGUUGGUCUUGGUGCCAUGUACGGUGCGGCCAUGUUCAUCGUCGCGCGCCGCUACAAGCGCAAGCGUCAGAACCAUCGCCGGUCCAGCUCCAUCUCGUCUGUCGGUCGCUCCGAGGGUCGCUCCGAGGAGAUGCGGUACGCCGGCAACGGCAGCCCUGCUCUGAUGGGCGGUGCUCUUCUCAGCCCCAACAACCGUGGUACGUACGGUGGCCAGAGCCAGACCAGCCAGGGCUCUGCUCGCACUGCCAACAUCUCGGCGCCCGUUGCCACUGAGAACUCUCUCGGCUGGAACUAA